AUGUCGGAGCCCCCGCCCAACUACAAGACGCCACCCUUUCCCUCGCUCAACGUGCACACCCUCUCCGACGAGACGGGCAAUAAAAUCUACACGCUGUACCACAUUGGCGACAUUUGGCGCUUCACCGUCGUCUGGACCGUCAUCGUCUACGCGCUGUUCCACAUGGGCGCAGUCAUGGUGGCCUUUAUGACGCACGGCUUCAAGCGGCGGUCGUGGAAGCUGCUGUGGCUUGCGCCGAUUGUGUACCUGAGCGUCGCCGGACUGGAGGCGGUGCUAUCCGGGAGCAUAGUAGGGCUCGUCGUCGGCGCCGUAUACCAGUCGGGCGACUACGAGAUGAACACGUGGAUUCCCUGCAUAUGGGGGUUCAUCUGUUUGCUGAUUCUUCUCAUUUCAUCCUUUACGAUACAAGGUGCUCUGUAG